CAGAAUAUAGCAAUGACCCUCAAACAGAGCAUUGCACUUGGCUGACGCAACCAGGCUUGCUGGUUGUCGGCUGUAUUGCAACACUCAGUUUGGUCCCACGUCAGUCGCAACAUGAGUCGGUAUCUGACCCCAGCAAAGAUUACGCUGCUGGUUCUCGCUCUACUCUAUGCAGAGGAUGUAGUCCCGACCAAAGAAGCAACAACCGUGCUUUCCUUUAUCCUCUCCCAGAUUGUGCCAUCGAGCAAGCAUUCUCCAUUGUUCCGGGAAAGCACAGAGUUCGAGCAUGCUCUUCCAAUCGAUGAAUUCGAAUCCACAUUAUCCUCACGCCCGUCUGCAAGACCUGGCAGAAGCCUAUUUGAUUUGCUGCUGAAGAGACUAUGGGCUAUUGAUUGUUCCCAUGCUCUCGACGCCUUCAUCGCAUACCUCCCUUCGCUUCUGACGAAGUCCAGAGAGCAGUUCCUGAGGGACCGCGAAAGUGGAGAAGAAUCUGAUCAAGUCCACGGACGCAUUCUCAGAACAUCCCCCUUGGGCGCUUUCAUUCGUCGAUGUCAUUUGGAAUACACAAGGCUGCAGUUUCAAGACAGCAUCACUCUUUGGCAAGAUUUCAUUUCUUACAGACUCCCGACUCGCGAGGCAUAUGAGAGGAAGAACCAUGCAGGCAGCCGAAAUGCCCUGGACUCGAACCUCACCGAGCUGGGCCUUGACUCAUCACAUCCUCUGGCCCAGUUAAUGUACGGAAGACUUGCUGAAGAGGAGCAAAAAUAUCACGGCGCAUACAGCAUGUACGAUGUCGAAAAAUUGAUGGAAUUUCAGGUCUCCGAGAUCCAGCGUGUUGGUGGGAGACUGCCUGACGGCAUGAGAUUGAAGCUUCAACAAAUGUCCAAAGCCGGUACUGUCAUUCCAAAAUUGGGCAAUUAUCUCAACUUCCUUGACUCAUGGCGAGGUGGGGAUUACUACUCUGCCUUCGACAAUCUGCACAGAUAUUUCGAUUACGCAAUGCAGACACGAGAGAGAGCAAUAUAUCAAUACGCAUUGCUCAACCUUGCCAUCCUCCAAGCAGACUUCGGAUGUCACGCGGAAGCACUUUCUGCGAUGCAGGAAGCCAUCGCCACCGCGCGAGAAAAUAAAGACACCACAUGCCUGAACUUCUGCAUGAGCUGGGUAUACCAUUUCGGGCGAACGUUUCCCGGCGAGAUGGACGCCAUACGCGAUAGUGGCAUUCUCGGUAGCGAAGUUGAGGGACUUGCAUUUCUCAAAUCUCGGGCCAAGGACGCGGAGAUGUGGAGUCUCUUGGGCACGACUCUGUUGAGUGAGGCGAAGCUUGGUAUGCAGUACGGAGACAGCCUUGCAGGCGUAUUUGAAAACAUUGCCAAAGCAUCGUAUCUUAGUGUCGUACGAUCAACUCAAAGUACCAUCGGGCCAAUGUUACUCAUCAAAGGUGCUGCAUUUAGCAGGAUUGGCCUUGGUCAUCUGAGCUGGUUCUGCGGACAAGCGUUUCUGCAGUGCCACUCCAAGGACGCUCCCAUCGAAGACCUGUUCAAAAACUAUUGUCGAAUCGCCGGGCUUUUGGUCCAACGUGGCAAAUACGUCGAAGCUGAACAAAUGCUGGACAAUAUCCCGUCGCAUGUGCAUCGGCGAAUGAAGUUCCAAAAUUCCCUAAACUUCUACUCCGGGCUGUUGAGGGCUCGAAGGCUGAUACAUCGGGAUAAUCUCGAUGCCGCAGAGCACUUGCUUGAUCGACUGAGUGGACAAGGGCCACCAGAUGUGAAAGUUGCAUUUUCCCUGUCGUUGCUCGGGAUUGAGCUGCUCAUCCGUCGGGGUGUUCUCGACCAGGCUCUUGAAAAAGUUGAGGAUUUGAUACAGGGGGCGGAUAAAAGCCAUGAAAUCAACGACAUCGCCGUGCAGACCCGGCUACUGAACCUCAAAGCACGGAUCUUAACUGAGAGUCGACACUCACUCAAGGGCUUUUCACUUGUUAUGCGCGCAGCACAGAUUGCAUAUCGAGGAAGAAUUCUUCCCUCGUUAUGGACAUCGAUCUGUCUGCUUGCCACAAUUCUCAACGACCUCCGCGAAUUCCCUGCCGCCGCUGAACUCUUACAAUCAAUAAUGCCUCAAGUGCUGGAAUGUCAGGACUGCGAGCUCGCCGCCCACUCAUACUCAGUGCUGGCAGAUGCAAACAUGGGGCUUGCUGGCUCAUCAUCAGGACCAGACAAGUCUUCAGCAACAAAGCAGAAGGAGCUCAUUAACAAAGCAAUGGAGAAUAUCGACCAUGCGCUUGUGCAAUAUAGGCACAUUGAAGAUUUACAGGGACAGCUGGAGAUGUUGAAGAAGAAGGCAACAAUUAUGCACUGGAGGGGGGAUUUGGUGUUGGCAAACGACACGGCGACGCAGUAUUUGGGGUUGAAAAAGGAGUACGAGGCCCAAAAUGUUUGAAGAUUGCCCGUCAAUCGCCGGAGGACACACUGAAUUCUCGAGUAUUGAACUGUAUGAAAUAACGGGUGUGGUCUUGUUAUGCCCCAGUCAGGUUUCCACUUCGCUUCCUCUGCAUGCCUUAUGUACAAGUCAGGUCCACCAUGACCAACGCAGUCUUUUAAGCCAGUCCAGC